UACACAGAUUGAAACUUCAGAUGGCUGUAAUUCAUUAGUUUGGUACAAAGCCGUGGCUAUACGCCUCAACGCCAGACAGCUCCUUGGGGGUUAUCAUCAUACUGGGUUUUUCACGCGCUACAGGAGCUGGCAUGAGAGCCUGAGCAAGCGUAGCAGGCAAGAGUCUCGCACCAUCCUGAGCAUGUCCAAGUGGCUUUAUUGCUUUCGAUCAAAAAGAAAUCUUGAAACUUGCCAAACGCCCGAGCUCGCGAGCCGCUGCAACAAAGUGUUAGCAAACGUAUCUGGAUUCUGGUGCAAUGAAACUCGCCUUUGGCGAAGCCUUCCGCAGAUGCCAACUCCAAUCUCUAUAUCGAGUCAGGGUUCCGGGUCGACUCCAGCAACCAGUACUAGUGCGGCUGCUAAGAUUCUCGCGUCCUACAUAUAGCCCCCACACUCACCGAAUACUGAGUACGAAGCACUCACUAUGCGAUGUUGAAACUGCCGAUCUAUUUGACUACUCCGACCCGCCAGCCCGCACACCGAAGAACAUGGACUUCGCACAUAUCAUGGAAACCACUACCCGAGAUCCGACAAACCUUUGUAGACGAAGGGAGAUAAUACCUGCUAAUAGGAAUGAAAUGUCAAAGGAAGCGUUAUCGCACUCAAAACACGCCUCCAGAUUCACACGAGUAUCUACUUAUGGUCCGAGGAAGCAUAUUCGUCAAGCGAUACUUCCAGUACUACUUGUGAAUGCUUUGUCGGAACAAUGGUCACUGUCCGAUAUUUGCGGUUAUUUGGACCUUCUGAUGUUCUAUAACUUUAAGUGUCAUAAUGAUCGUGUUGACACGGCUUCAAAGGUGUCGCAGAUUCACGUUGGGAACACAUGGCCAUGUCAUACGUACAAUUUGAUUGGCGCCUAGAGCGAGUAUAAGAAUAAAGACUCGAGCCCAC